AUGAGUGCAAAAAGCAGUGCUAUUGCCCAAGAAGGCCUGCGGGAGCGAAAGGCAGCCCAUGGGCAAGAAAAUGGAUCCUCGAGCGGCGGCAGUGGAAUAAAUACACCACAAGAUGACGAGGAAGCAAAGGGACACACUGCGAGUAAUAAGACAAUUGGCAGAACUCCGGAUGGAACUCUCUUCACGGUUCCUCAGACCCAUGAUAUGGUAUCACAGUUACUGGAUCCUCGACAACCCAAGAAUCUCUCUGAUGCCAUUGUCCUUGCUGUCCUCGCUCUCCAUGUCAUCGCUCUCUGCUUUCUACCUGCCUCCCUAAAGCGACCAGUAUUUGCCAUCAUAUUUCUAUUCUGGAGAGGCUGUUAUAAUGUCGGAAUUGGGUAUCUUCUUCGAAUACAGUCGAACCACCGACGACUCGUGGCAUGGGCUAAGAAGACAAACCUAUUUGAACACCCAAGCACCGGAAAGAAUCCUCGUCCAUGGCUAUACAAACUGAUAAAGAGCGAAUUAGAGACCAAGAUCCCAGAGGAUUAUAACUUCGAAGAAGCGCCAAUCGAGUACAACACCUGGCUAGUUUUCCGCCGAGUCGUGGAUUUGAUUUUGAUGUGUGAUUUUACGUCGUAUUGUCUCUUCGCCAUUGCGUGUGGUGGUCGCCCAGUCGGAGAGGGUGUAAUGAUGCUCUUGGUUCGUUGGAUAGGUGGACUGAUUCUGGUUGGCUUCAACCUCUGGGUCAAACUUGAUGCCCAUCGCGUCGUGAAGGAUUACGCUUGGUAUUGGGGUGAUUUCUUCUAUCUCAUUGAUCAGGCUUUAACCUUUGAUGGUGUCUUCGAGAUGGCUCCUCAUCCCAUGUAUUCUGUGGGAUACGCUGGGUACUACGGCAUCUCAGCCAUGGCCGCGAGCUACAACGUACUGUUCAUUUCCAUUGUUGCACAUGCUGCCCAGUUCGCUUUCCUGGUUUACAUCGAGAAUCCUCAUAUUGAGAAGACCUAUAAUCCACCACCACCCCGAAAGCAAAUUGUCCAACCAAGCCACAGCGACAUCCAACUUGCGAAUGCGACAGCGGCACGUAAGGAGGGAAUUGAAAUUCCUGAGCAAACAGACAUCUUGGAGAACUUCCCUGCCCUCGCGACAUCACCACCUUCUGUACACAACAUGCUUGGUCUUGGAAACAUUGACUUGUUCAGAAUCACAGAUGUUUCGGUUCUUCUUCUCCAAGUCUGUGUAACGAUCAUCGCUGUUGUGUCACCAUCCACGCCGAUUUACCGAGCCCUGUUCGUGUUAAACGCGGCGCUCUGGCGUCUAUGGUAUACUGUUGGACUCGGUAUCGUUCUUGAUCGGCAGUCAAAUGACAAAAUAUGGACGAGACAUUUCCUCAAAUUUGGCGAGGGCACUGAGGAGGCGUGGAGACAGUGGAAGGGCAUUUACCACUUGAGCAUGAAUAUGUGCUGGGCUAGCUUCGUCGCUGCGACCUGGAAGAUGUAUAACUUCCCAUCAGAUUGGAGUGCCGACAAUGCUUUGCUGAUGCACAUCAUCGGGAUUACUCUUGUUGCUCUUCAGGUGUGGACCGCGGUGAGCAUCUAUGAGUCACUUGGAGAAUUUGGUUGGUUCUUUGGGGAUUUCUUCUUCGACCAAGACCGAAAGCUCACCUACAGUGGAAUCUACCGCUACUUGAACAACCCCGAACGUAUCAUCGGACUUAUGGGUCUCUGGGGAGCCGUGUUCCUUACUGGAAGCUUAUCAAUCUUCUUCCUUGCUCUUAUGAGCCACGUUCUCAGUCUAUGCUUUAUUCAGCUCGUUGAGAAGCCACACAUGCAGAAGCUGUAUGGAAGACAUCUGAGACCCGAAGCUGGACUUACCAAGAGUCUUCGAAGAUCUCUUCCACCACCUCUGAAGAAGUUCCAAGGCAGUGUAGACAAAGUCUUGAGUGAGACCAGCCAUUUCGUCGAAGAGUUUCUGGAUGCAGCCAGGCCAAAACUUGCUGCCGGUGUAUCCACGAUCAUGAGAGAUACAACUGCCUUGUUCAGUCAAUAUCCAGCACGAAUUACGGUUACACGGCUGGCACCUGAUCUUGCUGGAUUCAGUCCUAGGGAUUACUCCAUCGAGAUCGAAGGCACGGCGUCAUCUUCCCUAGCUCUGAAUGAACGCUCUACUGGCAAAGAAGGUGUGACUGGGAGAUUCCCUAGCGAGCGGACGGAUGAAUAUCAGCCCUUGAUGUUUGAGUAUGGUGCACCAAUCAAAGUGAAAUGGAGGGCUCCAAAGCACCACAGUAAGAGUGAUUGGGUUGGUCUUUACAUGGUCGCAGACAACGCCUCUCGAGAAGUCACGCGAGUUUCAUCUGCUGGUCGAUGGGUUGCCACAGUACCAAAUGAGUACGAAGAAUCACCCGCCGACCGUGGUAUUCUGGUUGCUAAUCAACCGGUGCUUGGAGCCCAACGCGCUGAUGGUACUACCUAUGACUGCGUUCAGGGAGAGAUGGUCUUCGAGGGCGACAAACUCUGGUGGACUCAGGGUGUCUUCGAAAUGCGGUAUCACCAUGGUGGAAAACACAAUGUCAUGGCCAUUUCACUGCCUUUCGAAGUCCGCAUUGGCCGAUUCGACGAAGACGACACAGUCAUGGACUCAAAUGGUCUCCUUCGAUCAGCAGUUGAAGAUGCUCUCCUCCCAGUCGUCAGAAACUGCUUCGACCGCGACCCGGAAAUUGCACCCAAUACCAUUGAGGAGAGUUUUGGCAGUCUGGUUGAGAGAGACGGCAAGUACGCUAAGAGGGUAGUAUACGCUAUCCACCAGAUGUUCGUACUUGAACUGGCGCCCGGUGUGGUUGCUGCUGAUGGGAACGUCAAGAAGUUGGCGUGGAGAAUCUGUGUUGCGAAACAGGCUUUGGCACCGUAUAGUAUGUCUCAUUCGAAAGGAACUUCGACACCUGUUGAGGAGAAGUAA